UUGCUGGGGCUGGACGUCCCCCGCACCUUGUGAUGGGGCUGGAGGGGAGGCCUUUGGAACUGACGCGUGAAGAGCAGACCCUCCACCGCAGUACCUUGCAUGGCGUUUCCAGAGCAUGUCGCGAAAGUCCCACUGUGAAAGGGACACCAGCCUCUCCAGGAGCUGACUAGGAAGGUUUCUGGGUCUUUCACUGGCCAGGGGAUUCCUCUGAACCUUCAGCCAUGCGUCUCUCUGCAAUGUUGGCCUUGGCAUCCAAGGUCACGCUGCCCCCCAACUACCGCUAUGGGAUGAGCCGCCCAGGUUCUCUGGCAGACAAGAGGAAGAACCCUCCGGGGACCAGGCGGCGCCCAGUGGCUGUGGAGCCCAUUUCUGAUGAAGACUGGCAUCUGUUCUGUGGGGAUAGGGUGGAGGUCCUAGAAGGCAAGGAUGCUGGGAAGCAAGGCAAAGUGGUUCAAGUUAUCCGGCAGCGAAACUGGGUGGUCCUGGAGGGGCUGAAUACACAUUACCGCUAUAUUGGCAGGACCAAGGAUUACCGGGGGACCAUGAUCCCUAGUGAAGCACCUCUGCUUCACAACCAAGUCAAACUUGUGGAUCCUGUGGACAGGAAACCCACUGAAGUGGAGUGGAGAUUCACUGAGGCGGGAGAGCGGGUCCGAGUUUCCGUAAGAUCAGGAAGAAUCAUUCCCAAACCUGAAUUUCCCAGAGCUGAUGGCAUUGUCCCUGAAACAUGGAUUGAUGGUCCCAAAGACACAUCAGUGGAAGAUGCUCUAGAAAGAACCUAUGUUCCCCGUCUAAAGACUCUGGAAGAGGAGGUGAUGGAUGCAAUGGGGAUCCAGGAGACACGGAGACACAAGAAAGUCUAUUGGUAUUGAACCUGGGGAGAGCAGCUUUUCCCCGCUUAGCCUUGAAGGCUUGCGUCACAUUUUCUUUAGUCAUCAGUAAAGAGCCGUGAGUUCUCCACUGUGUGUAGCUACUGUCUUCUGGCACCCCCAACUCUACCUGUUUCAGGGACUGAAGGGAGGGAAUAUCUGCCCCAGUGUUAUGACAGAAUCUGGAAUGGAAAUUAGCUAGCCUUAAGAUGGCCUUCCCCAAGAGCAGGGCUUAGAUUCCACGAUGGAGACCAAUGGAGACCUGAGUAACAGAAGAUGCCACCUGUUCUGAAGGGCAGUUGGGGAUGUGAGACCUAAUUGUUACACCUCUGCAGGAUCUGGGAAGGGUGCACCUCUGUCC